CACAACAAGAUAAUUCAAUACUUAAUCAAAGAAUAUUAUCGAGUAAUUAUAUCUUCCUAAUUCAUAUUCCGUUCUUGGUCCGCCAUCUGAUCGGGUUAAUCCCAUCAUUCGUGCUUCCAUUGAGAGUAUACUGUGAGAUAAGGCUGUGAGAUUAUGGCCGGACGAAGGACGAGACGUAACCCUGCUACUUCUGCCCAGUCGACGGUGAGGAGUGACAACCCUGAGCAGGGUAUGAUUGUUCCUGUCAAUGGGUUGGAAACGGCGCUAAAUAAUGUGGCUAACAUGAUGGCCAACAUUAUGGAGCGAUUGGAUAAGGCUCUUCCAGGUCAAUCCGGAACCCGGGACAUCCCACCCGGGCAACCCCGCCAGGUCCUGCGUACUGCGAGUUCUCCUAUCCUACAGGAGCUCCACGAUCCGGAGGAGAUUGAAAGGGAAAGGCGAGCCAUGGACAGACGCCGGGCGGAGGAAUUGGCCCGGAACAACAAGGUGAACGAAGGCCAGGCUAAGGAACCAAGCCGGAUCUUCGGCGACGGACACGAAAAUCCGCGGGGAUCUGUCUUUGAAAGGAUAUCUCGCCAGAAAGCUCACGUUAGUGAGAGGCUGGGGAAGAAUCCGGAAAAGGCACCCCAGGGUUGGAUACGACCUCAGGCCAGUCAAGUGGCGUCCUCCAAUCGCGAACCCCGGCAGCGAAAUGACCGAGGCGUGAGCCAAAUGCCGGUCCGGUCAUUGCGGAAUCUGGAGGAGGACGAGGUUCAAAGUCAAGCCAGGGUCCCAGCACCGCGGCGUCUGGGACCGCCGGUGCCAGAAGCUGGUGAAUUUCAAGACCUGAGACAGCAGAUCCAGGAGAUGCAGAGGAAGAUAAACAAGGGUCGAGUAUUCACUACUCGAACGAAUACUCCCUUGGCUCCAGAGAUCUUUGCGGAACCAUAUCCGCAGGGAUUCAAAAUGCCAUUUGUCAAACGUUAUGACGGCGAAUCAGACCCCCAAGAGCACAUAAAUAGCUAUGUCCAAGUGAUGAUCGCCGUGGACGCCAGUGACGCACUCAUGUGUCGGUGCUUCUUGCAGACCGUUGAUAGCAAGGUUGCGGACUGGGUCAACCAUAUCUCUGCCGGAUCAGUCCGAACGUGGGAUGAAUUGGGACUACGAUUCCUAGAGCAUUUUGCUGGGAACUGCCGCCCCAAAAAGCAUUUCACUCACUUGGCAUCAGUGCGACAGAAGCACGGAGAAUCCUUGAAGAAUUUCCUUAUCCGAUGGAGGAAAGAGUCCAGGGAAGUUGAAGGAACUGAUGAUAAGUCCAGGUUGGCUAUGUUCACGGCGGCAUUACAGGAUGGACUCCUUCACACCGAUCUCACUACACAUCCCCCGGAUACCUUCGAAGAAGCGAUGGUCCGGGCUGGGAGGUAUGUGACCCUGGAAGAAAGAAAGGAGGAAAAGAAAGAGAAGACUCCUAAAGAAGAAGAGAAGUCGGGAACAAAGAAACCGUUUAAGAAUAAGAAGCAGGGCUUCCCGGAUGGCCCAAAGGGCGCAAGUCCCGGGACCUCCGAGAAGCAUAAAUCUGCCAAUCCAGUCUUUACACUGCCAGUGGCUGAGGUCAUGGCCCAUGCAGCACAGCAGUGGCUCGUGACUUACCCAACCUAUUCUCAGAAGGUUUGCAAUGUGGAAGACACUGGAAAAUGGUGUGCUUACCAUCGCAAAAAUGAUCACAACACAGAAGAUUGUUAUACUCUGAAAAAUGAGAUGGCAAGGCUGAUCCGCCGGGGUCAUCUGAAGAAGUUUGUACAAGAUGGUGAUGCCGGGAAUCCCGGGAAUGCUCAGAAUGGAAAACGCAGAGAUAAAGAAGUAGCCCAGGCUGAGGCCCGGGAGAAACGCCACAUUGGACUAGAAGACGAAGAGGAAGAUUCGGAACCCGCGCCGCAUCGCCAGAAGAGACACCACGGGUGUAACUUCAUCAUUGGAGGGAAUACUGGUGGGGACUCGGACACAAGCCGGAAGAAGUGGGCUAACGCGGCAAUGGUCAACAAGGUGCUGGUCCCGGAAGGUAAGAAGUUGAAAACCGAGCCUAUUGUGUUUUCUAAUGCUGAUCUUCCAGAGACAGGGGUCCCUCAUAGGGACGCCCUGGUAAUUACUAUUGAUAUAAUGGACUUACUGAUCCACAAAACUCUUGUGGAUACGGGAAGCUCCGUUAAUAUCAUGUACAUGGACACAUACAAGGCUCUCAGUUUGACGAGAAAUGAGUUAUCACCCAUCAAGACCCCGCUGACCGGGUUUACUGGUGAUUCUAUUGAACCGGAGGGGGUGAUAACCCUCUCGGUUGAGAUAGGGGAUACUAAGGCAACCCGGAAGCUGGACAUGGAGUUUGUCGUGGUGGGGAUAAUUUCUAGCACAAAUAUUAUCCUGGGAAGACCCGGAUUGGAAGAUCUGGAGUGUGUCAUCUCACCUCGUCACCUCUGUAUAAAAUUCCCAACCCCCCACGGAGUUGGAAUUGCCAGGGGAUCUCAGAGAGUAUCCCGGGCAUGGUAUUUGAAGGCAACCAAACAGCCCGUCAAAUACGAUACCCAAGUGGGAGAGGUCACUACACAGCUCUUGAGGGCUGAGGAAAAACGUCCCAGAGUAGAAGUUGCCGGCGGCAUCGAAGAAGUGGAAUUGGAGCCAGGCACGCCGGGAAGGUUGGUGAGGAUCGGCAAGGACCUGGGGGCUGAACUCAGAUCUCGAGUGAUUUCAGUCCUCAGGAGGUUCAGAAGGGUCUUUGCAUGGAGUCCAGCUGAUAUGCCAGGGCUGGAUCAUAAGAAUGCUGUUCAUCGCCUAAAUGUUCAGCCGGAGGCCAAACCGACAGCCAAGGAGGUUCAGCGGCUAACAGGAAGGUUGGCGGCCUUAAAUCGUUUCCUCUCAAAGCUGGCAGAGAAGGCGCAUCCAUUCUUUGCGGUGGUUAAGAAGAAGGCGACCUUCGAAUGGACACCGGAAUGUCAAGCAGCAUUUGAAGGAUUAAAGAGAUAUCUCACAAGUCCGCCGGUUUUAUCCAAGCCGGAACCUGGGGAUAUUCUGACUCUAUAUUUGGCGAUUGCGGAUUGUGCCAUAAGUACUGUGAUCGUGAGAGAAGAGUGUGGGGCCCAACAUCCGGUCUACUACGUCAGCAAGACCCUGAGGGAUGCGGAGUUAAGGUAUUCCCGACCAGAGAAAGCCAUGUUGGCGGUCUUCUGGACGGCGAAGAGAUUGACCCCGUACUUUCAGGCUCACCGGAUUAUUGUGCUCACCAAUGAGCCAUUGGCGUCACUUAGCCGGAGCCCGGCGGCAUCGGCCCGGAUGACCAGGUGGGCGGUCUUCAUCAGUCAGUACAACGUGGAAUUCAGGCCGCGCCCGUCCAUCAAGGGGCAAGCGCUCGCUAAUUUUCAAGUCGAGUGCACCGCUAGGGAAAUGACAAGAGCCCAGGUUGAAACCUGGAUGGAGAAAGAUUGGUGGAUAAUGUGCAUCGACGGAUCUUCUGGAUCUCGAUCUUGCGGAGCAGGUAUCGUCUUGGUCACCCCAGAAAAUUUCCGGAUUUACUACGCCAUCAGAUUUCAGUUCCGGGUCUCCAACAAUGAAGCUGAGUAUGAGGCCCUGAUCAAUGGGGAGUUUGAAGCAAAGGAAGAGAGGAUGAAGAGGUACCGGGACUUGUCUCUAGAAAUGUUGGGAAGGUUUGAGUUUAAACUUGAACAUAUACCCCGGGCCCAGAAUGCAGAGGCCGAUGUUCUGUCCAAGCUCAGCGCAGAAUCGCCGGAAUACAUAAGCAGAUUAGCAACUGUCGAAGAGCUGGUAACCCCGAGUCUUAGCAACAAUGAGGUUAUCUGGGUAUCAGCUGAUCCCCCGGAAUGGCUGGACCGAUUGGCCAAAUACAUUGAGGACGGUGAAGCCCCAGAGAAUCCCCAGGAAGCGCGUCUAUUACGAAUGAGGGCACCAACUUACAAGAUGCAGGACGGAGUCCUCUAUAAGCGGUCUUACAACGGUGUCCUACUCCGAUGCCUUAGAGCAGCAGAGGCGAGGGCGUUGAUGGAAGAAAUACACGAAGGAGUAUGUGCCGCACAUCAGGGUCCUUAUUCCAUUUCCCGGAGGGCUAUCAUCCAGGGAUAUUUCUGGCCAACGAUGAGGAAGGAUUGCGAAGAGUAUGUGCGCAAGUGCCUGACUUGCCAGCAAUUCCAGAAUAUACCCGGGAGACUAGCCACUAACUACACACCCAUCAGCUCCGUGAUUCCCUUCUCAAGAUGGGGGAUUGAUCUUGUGGGAGCCCUGCCAAAAGGGGCGGGGCAGGAAAGGUGGAUCGUAGUGGCGAUAGACUAUUUCACAAAGUGGGUGGAGGCUGAGCCACUCGCAGGGAUCACCGGAAGGCAGAUGAUCGACUUCGUUGGGACUAAUAUACUCUGCAGGUUCGGGCACACAAAGGUGUCUGUUGCGUACCCUCAGGCUAAUGGACAAGUGGAGAACGUCAACAGAACAAUCAUAGACGGAAUAAAGAAGAAGCUACUUUCAGAAGGAAGCAAAUGGGUAGAUGAACUGCCCAGAAUCCUGUGGACAUACAGGACGACUCCGAGGAGAGCCACGGGUCACACUCCUUUUGGCUUGGCGUAUGGUUUUGAAGCCCGGGCCCCCGCCGAGGUAGUAAUCCCCACCAGGAGAGAAAUUGAAUAUGACCCGGAGUUGAAUGAACAGAACCAGGCCGUAGAGCUGAAUUUCGUAGAAGAACGAAGGGAUGAAGCACGCAUCCGGGCAGAAAAUUAUCGUCGCCAGGUGAAAUCUUACUUUGAUAGCAAGGUUAAACCAAGGGCAUUCCAGGUGGGGGAUUAUGUUCUGAGGAAACGAGAGAAGAGUCACCAACGAAAGGUGGGAAGCUGGCGAAGAAGUAUGAAGGACCUUAUAUCAUCAAGGCCGUAGUUCGCCCAGGUACCUACAAGUUGGUGACUCCCAAGGGGAAAGAAAUUGAUAGGACAUGGAAUGUAGAGCACUUGGUCAAAUUUUAUCAGUAAAUCAUUUUGUAAAAAUACUCUGUUUUUUAAUUCCAAAUGUUUGUUUCAUUCACCUUCUUCCAUAGCCAAGUGCCUUUGCAAUUUCAUUGUUCUAUGGAUUUCUUUUUUUAAAAAAAAAGGGGGAAAGCACCCCCGGGCAAUAUAGACCCGCGUUACAGGGAGGUAGAAAAGUUUAUGCCACCUGCUAAAAAUAGGGGAGGUAGAUAAGUUUAUGCCCCCCCGGAGGUAGAGAAGUUUAUGCCUCCGUCAAGAAUGAAGGAAGGGUUGGGAU